CUUGAAAAUAUUUUUAGAACCAAUGGCAGGAAUUAAACGUAAAGCAGACAUGGAGAUUCCGAUCACGGAUGAAAACGAUAUUCUAAGGGUAACCUGUCUUGGUGGUGGGCAAGAGGUGGGUAGAUCCUCUAUUUUGUUAGAGUACAAAGGCAAAACUAUUUUGCUUGAUGCUGGUAUUCACCCCGCUUACAAUGGCUUAGCAUCCUUACCCUUCUUUGACGAAAUGGACCCCGCUAGCAUUGACGUUCUGUUGGUUACUCAUUUCCAUGUAGAUCACGCAGCUUCUGUGCCUUAUAUCAUGGAAAGAACCACAUUUAAAGGCCGUGUUUUUAUGACCCAUCCAACAAAGGCUAUUUAUAAGUGGCUUUUAAGUGAUUACUUGCGCGUAAGUAAUAUUGGCGAUGAAGAUCAGCUGUAUAGCGAAGAGGAUUUAUUGAAUUCGUUCCAACGUAUCGAGGCCAUAGAUUAUCACCAACAAGUUGAAGUCGAAGGCAUUAAAUUCACUGGUUAUAACGCAGGCCAUGUUCUUGGUGCAGCCAUGUUCUUGAUUGAAAUUGCUGGUGUAAAGAUUCUAUAUACCGGUGAUUAUUCCAGAGAAGAAGAUAGACAUUUAAUGGCAGCAGAAAAACCUGAAGGUGCAGUGGAUGUUUUGAUUACAGAAAGUACAUACGGCGUCCAAAGUCAUGAACCAAGAUUAGCAAAAGAAACACGAUUUACUUCUUUGAUUCAUGAUAUUGUCGGUCGUGGAGGUCGUUGUCUUAUGCCUGUAUUCGCUCUUGGUCGAGCUCAAGAACUUUUAUUAAUUUUGGAUGAAUAUUGGGAGGCACACCCUGAGUUGGAUAGCAUACCAAUCUAUUAUGCAUCCAGCUUAGCUAAAAGAUGUAUGGCUGUAUAUCAAACCUAUAUCAACAUGAUGAAUGCACGUAUUCGAAAACAGUUUGCUAUUUCAAAUCCGUUCGUUUUUAAACAUAUCAGUAAUUUAAAAAAUGUCGAACAAUUUGAGGAUUCUGGGCCAUGUGUGAUGAUGGCUAGUCCUGGUAUGCUUCAGAAUGGUUUGUCAAGAGAAUUAUUCGAGAGAUGGGCUCCUGAUAAAAAGAAUGGCUUGGUAAUUACAGGUUAUUGUGUUGAAAAUACUUUAGCCAGACAAGCCAUGAACGAACCGUCUGAAUUUCAAGCCAUGGAUGGCCGUAAAGUUCCUUUAAAAAUGUCUGUUGACUAUAUCUCGUUUUCUGCUCACGUUGACUUUACACAAAAUAGUCAAUUUAUCGACGAUGUCAAAGCUCCUCACGUUAUUCUUGUUCAUGGCGAAGCCAAUGCCAUGUAUCGUUUAAAGUCUGCGUUACAAAGCAAAUACUCAGAAAGAGAGGAAAAUAUUACAAUUUACACACCAAAAAACUGUGAUACUGUCAGAUUACACUUCCGUGGAGAAAAGAUGGCAAAGACUAUUGGUAGACUUGCUGCAAAAUACCCGACAGAAAAUCAACCCCUUAAUGGCGUGCUUGUAGUAAAGGAUUUCCAACUGAAUAUCAUGAGUCCAGAAGAUUUAAAUGAGUUAGGAGGACUUAUUACAACUGUUAUCACCCAACGUCAGGUUGUUCCUUUCAAUGCAGGCAUUGGACUUUUAAAAUGGCAUCUUGAAAUGAUGUUUGGCGCAAUAUCGGAGACCGAACUGGCUGAAGGUGAUGGCGCAGGAAAUCAACAGGGUACUGUUCUUAGAGUAUUUGAUACAAUUGAUGUUAAGAAGCUCAUAUCGGGACCAAACCAAGUUAUUUUGGAAUGGGUUGGUAACGCUAUGAACGAUAUGGUUGCCGACUCUGUUUUGGCUGUGAUUUUAUCAAUUGAUAGCUCUCCUGCUAGUGUUAAAGCGAGUUCACAAGCAUGUUCUCAUAGCCAUGGUUCAUCAAAUGAAAAGGUAGAUAAGGCGGAAGAUAUAAAGAGUGAAUUUUUGGAUAUUGCAUCUUUCUUGGAAGCUCAAUUUGGAGAUGUUGAAUUGGAUGAAGAUGAUAACAAAAUCACAAUAAAUAUGGACGGUGUUACAGCUGUAGUAGAUACCAUGAAAUUUGCUGCUGAAUCAGAUAAUGAAGCAUUUAAAAAGCGUGUUACUGAAAUAAUGGAAAGAGUCAAAAUGGCCAUUAAGCCUGUUUCCGAUAUUUAUGAGAUAGCUUUGUAAAUAAAUUUUAUUGAAUGGCAUGCUAU